AAGCAAUUGACCGUAUCGGCCUAAAUUCGCAGACAAAAACAUUCUACGAGAGGAGGUCAGCGCAACAUUUACCCUCACAAAUUCCGAAAUUCAUCACUCAUCACUCAUCACUCAUCACUCAAACCGGGAUAGUCGCUUGACAUCAUCUCAUUCAAUAUGAGUAUCAAAAGAAACCUUUUUCAAGGCCUUUCGGCAUUCCCGAUUACGCCUAUGGAUCCGGAUGGCACCGUCGAUACCGAUGCUCUGGUUCGAAUUGUCGAGAGGUUAGAUGUACCUGGCGUCGAUUCGAUCGGACUGUUGGGGAGUACAGGAUCCUAUAUGUACCUGACGAGGGAGCAACGCAAGCGGGCGAUCGACGCAGUCAUACGAGCUUUGCGGGGCAGAAAACCACUCAUUGUCUCUGCUGGUGCGCUUCGGACGGACGAUGCACAACGUCUUGCCAAGGACGCUGAAGAGGCAGGAGUCGAUGGGCUGCUACUUGCACCUGUCUCGUACAAUGCAUUGACUGAAGAAGAGGUGUACCAGCAUUUUGAGGCAGUCGCGGGUUCGACUGCACUACCCAUCUGUAUCUACAAUACUCCGAGCACGACGCACUUCACCUUUAGUGACGCACUUCUCGCUCGCAUUGCAGGGUUGCCAAACGUUGUUGCGCUGAAGCAGCCAGCUCCCACUACUGAGCCGAAAGCAAGUCAUGAAGCCCUUCGCUCAAAGCUUCCCUCUGGAUUUUCUAUCGGAUAUAGUGCGGACUGGCUGGUGGCUGAACCGCUACUGGCCGGAGGCUCUGCAUGGUACAGUGUGAUCGCUGGGGUGCUUCCUGCACCAUCGGUGGCGCUGAUGGAUGGCAUUCGCAGAGGGGAUCAUGCCGAAGUGAAACGCGUUUCGGCUGUCCUACAGCCAAUUUGGGACCUUUUCAAAGAGCUUGGUGAUCUCCGGGUAGCCUACGCACUCGCCAACGAGCUCGGGCUGUGCAAGGCAGCACCCCCUCGGCCUAUUCUUCCUAUAGCUGCUUCAUACCACGAUCGGGUCCGUUCAGCGUUAGCAAAAAUUGACGAAAGCAUGUAUCAGCCAUCUCUAUAAACGUAAAAAAGGUUGGAAAGCCGGCACCGCACCGGCCUACCUUUUUGGUGAGGUCGCCCUGGUCACACCGGUCAUCAGUCAUUGUUUGUGCCUUGCAGGACUUUUUGAGGACUAAUCAGCAACAUGGAUUUCUCAGUAUUGCUAGAAGAGAAUAUAAGAAAAUAUAUAAAAUAACUGCAAUGUAACAUGCAGUCUUCAGUCCCUGGGUCGUUUCAACAGAUCUGGACACACGACUAGUAUACACAAUAAAUUCUUCGCAUCGACGAAAUGUCAUUCUUA